AAGAAAAUAUAUUCAAAUAGCUAGUUAUACAUGGACGAAGGACUCCUUUCCUAGUCUCCAAGCGUUGUUGAUUGUCAAUCCUACACCACCACUGCUCCUACCAACUUCCAAGAAUAUCCCACAAAACCACUCGACUAACGUGUGACAUUUGUGAAACAGAGGAAAAACAAGACAGAGAAAUGGCUGCUGCAAGCUCCUGCAAUUUCAACUGGGGAGUGAAUGGAAAAGGGACCCCUGAACAGCCUUGUUCCUCCCCAAAGUCCUCCCAGAUCCUCUUCUCUUCUAACUUAUCUUUUUGUUACAGUAACAUCAGAUAUUGCCUCUCUCUUCGUUCCCAUCAAACCCUUUUGUCCACUCGUUUCAACGAAACCAAGAAUUCAGCUUUUGUUGUGGCAUCAGCAAAGGCAGACCCUUUGAAGAUAAUGAUUUCCGGAGCUCCUGCUUCUGGUAAAGGUACUCAAUGUGAGCUCAUCACUAAGAAAUAUGGUUUGGUGCAUAUUGCUGCUGGAGACCUUCUGAGGGCAGAAAUUGCUUCAGGAAGUGAGAAUGGAAAGCGAGCAAAGGAAUACAUGGAGAAAGGACAGUUGGUCCCAAAUGAAAUAGUUGUCAUGAUGGUAAAGGAGCGUCUGCUGCUGCCAGACUCUCAAGAAAAUGGUUGGCUUUUAGAUGGAUACCCAAGGAGCUUACUACAAGCAACUGCUCUUAAAGAAUUUGGCUUCCAGCCCGAUCUUUUUAUUCUCCUGGAAGUAAGAAUUCUUGUUGCUGCAGGCAUGCUAUAUUAUUUGGUUGCAUCCCAUUAUCUGGUUAGGAAGAGGAGAAUGCGUACUUGCAUGCUGAUAUUCUUCCCUGUCCAUGAAGAGAUUCUUGUUGAAAGAGUGGUUGGACGUAGGUUAGACCCUGUUACUGGGAAGAUAUACCACCUCAAGUAUUCUCCCCCUGAGACUGAAGAAAUUGCUGCCAGGCUCACCCAACGUUUUGAUGACACUGAAGAAAAGGUGAAGUUGCGGUUGCAAACUCAUCAUCAAAAUGUGGAGGCGGUACUUUUAAUGUAUGAAGACAUUACACUCAAGGUUAAUGGAAAUGUUCCCAAAGAAGAUGUGUUUGCACAAAUUGAUGGUGCUCUCACAAAAUUACACGAGGAUAGGAAGUUGAUUUAAGGAUCUCUGGCUGCAUAGAUGGAGGGAAGAGCUGGUGUAUAACCAAUAGUCAGGACUCAGGAAUUAUGAAAACUGGUAUAAUUGCCAGCCUUUUUUUUUUUUGCCCAUAUACCCAGGUUUAUGCCUCAAUUUCCAUAAAUGCUUAGCUAGUAAGUGUCCUUGUUUUCUCUUUCUUAGAAUUACCACGUGCUUGACAUUUGAUAGUCAUUGUUAUUAAAUUAUUCUUUGAACUA